AGCCACAAAAGAGGGGGGGAUCAAAUUUUUAAGGACGCCCAUCUGACGCGUCUCUAGUGUAGCAUUAGGAUCAUAUUUAAGCUACUUUACUGUUUACUUUACCCUGUUUAAUUUUUCCCCCUCACUGGCUUCAGCCCACCAAUAGCAGGAAGGUCUGGUACAAAGUGUCUGUCAUCACUGUCCACCCCCCUCAAGUUUGGACUGGUCCGUUUCGCAUCUGAACAAACCUCAUAGUUGGAGAAGAGUUCUUCAUGUCAGGGACUGCUGUAGCCUCAGCACACUGAUUACCGCAGCUCCUGGAUAAUCUAAGAUAAGAAAAUGGAUGAGAAAGAGCUGAGUGAUCCCUUGAAUAACGUAUCUGUGAUUAAAGAUGAUCUGACCAAGGCAAAGAUGGGCUCCUCUGGUGACUCUGAAAAAAUCAUUCAGCGCUUGACUGAUGAACUUCGAGAGGCCAAGGACCUAGCUAACACAGAGAAACAUAAAUGCAUGGAGCUACAAGGUAUCCUGGAGGAAGAGACAAAGGAGAAGAAAAAACAAGCUGAUGAUUCUGCCAAACAGAUAAAACUUCUUGAAGGUCAGCUGCGGCAGCUCCAUGAUGAGAUGGCUGUUCUCAGAGAGCAGAUAGACGUCUCCUCCAGCUCACACGAUGAGCUACAAAGCGCACGUGAUGAAGUGAAGUCGCUGAAACGUGCCCUGGAGGCAGCAGCUGCCGAGCGGGACCGUGACGUUGCUGCCGUCCAGUCUAACCUGGCGACUGUCUCCAAUGAUCUGGACAAAUGGCGUCAAACGGCCAACAAGUACGAGCGUGAGAUUGACAACCUGCAGCGUGACCUUCAGCAGCAGAGCAAGCAGUGGCAGAAAACUGCAGAAAUACAAGCCAGUGAACUUCAGUCCAUGCAGGUGGAGUGUAAUGGCCUUCACAAAGAUUGUUCUGUUCUUCGAUCUGAGAAACAGGAUAUCGUAAAUAAGCACCAGAAGGAAAAAAGCAGUCUGCAGAGUGAAUGUGCUUCCCUCAGGGCUGAGAAUGAGGAACUCCUGAAGACUCACCAGAAAGACAAAAGCAACCUGCAGAGUGAAUGUGCAGCACUGCGCACUGAGAAGGAGGCAGCCCUGCAGAAACAGCAGCAGCUGGAGAAGGACCUUGCCAGUUUGCGUGCCCAGAACACUGAGCUGAAAAAUAGCCUUGGAUCCCUUGAACAGACCUGGCAGGAGAUGGAAAAGAGCCAGGUAGCCCUGCAGCUCCAGCACCAGCAGGAUAGCACCACACUGCAAACCCAACUGGAUGAGGCAGACAGCCGCAGCAAGGCUCUGCAAAGAGAGUACGAGGAGGCUAGGACGGAGCUGUCAGACCUCAAGGAAAAAUACGAGAAGGUUGAGCAGGAAAAACAAUUGGUUACAGAUGAACUCGAGGCAUGCAGAGCCAACAUGGAGGAACUGCAAGGAAAAGGGACAAAGAAACUGUGGAUGAUCUGGGGGCCUGUGGUUGCUGUGGCUCUGACAGCUGUGACUGCUGCCGUGCUCUUCAGGACCUGAGGGCGACUCAUUCAUGCAUACACACGCACCCACCCACCCACCCACACACACACACAAGGGAAUCCAUAUUUGUCUUCAGGUGUCAGAACUUGCCCUCCUUAUCAUAUCUGCACUAUUAACUCGGAGGGCUCAUAUUUAACUGUUUAAUUUUUAAGAUGCUCUAUUUUAGAUGGCAGAGAAGUUAAUAAAAGAAUGUGAUUUUUGUGUGCAAAGUAAGUUUGUACGUCCGUUAUUUACAGGAAGUCUAGUCAAGUUUACAGUUUUGAUUGGGAAUAUGGAUGAAUGUAAAAAAUAAAUAAAUAUGCCACAAACUCAACUAAUUAUUAGUAUUUAUGAUAAUGUUUUAGGUGGAUCACUUGAGCUCUAAAUGUAGCACUUCUAUGUAAUUGUCAUAAUAAUGGAGAUUGUCACAAUAACACCCCCUAAUGGAGUGUGUAAUGAAAGCCAUAGAUGGGUAACUGCAUUAGUGAUGGGAACUGCAAAGAGUUGGUGUAACUGUUAUCUAUGUGAAAAUAGAUAGCGUUUCAGACAGAAUUGAGCUGAGCAGGAGUUUAUCUUGUUUGUUUUUUCUCAACAGAGAACCAUUAAAGAAAAUUGCAGAAACAUA